CAUCCAAGGCAAAAUAAGAGACAACUCAGAUAAACGAAUGAUAUCAGUUAUGAUGUGACUUUCUGUGCGCCCAUCGCUCUUCUCUCUUCUUCGCAAUCAUCAGCAACAGCUCGUUGACGAUCGACAUGACUCACACUCUGCCCCCUCUCCCCUACGCUUACGAUGCCCUCGAGCCCUACAUCUCGAGCCAGAUCAUGACACUCCACCACACCAAGCAUCACCAGACCUACGUCAACGCGCUCAACGCAGCAGAGGCUGCCUACACAAAGGCAUCGACCCCCAAGGAGCGCAUUGCCCUCCAGGCUGCGCUUCGUUUCAAUGGUGGUGGUCACAUCAACCACUCGCUCUUUUGGACGAACCUCGCUCCCUCUGCCGUCGAGGGCAAGGGUGUCGGUGGUGUCUUGAGAGAGGGUCCCCUGAAGGAGGCCAUCAUUUCCACCUUUGGUUCUCUUGAGACCUUAAUAACCGAGUUCAACACCACCACCGCUGCGAUUCAAGGUUCAGGUUGGGGUUGGCUUGGAUUGAACCCAUCUUCCAAGCGUCUCGAGGUUGUCACCACGGCGAACCAAGACCCCCUCCUUUCCCACGUACCUAUCAUCGGUGUUGACAUUUGGGAGCACGCCUUCUACCUCCAAUAUCUCAAUGUGAAGGUUGACUAUCUGAAGGCCAUUUGGAACGUCAUCAACUUCGAGGAAGCUGAGAGGCGAUACCUUGAGGCUGUUGGCGGCUCCAAGUUGUAGGUUCGUGGGCAUUUACCUUCGAGGAAGCAUUUAAAAGAGUGGAAUGUGUAAAGUUACUGCCCAUGUAUGUACCUCAUUACACAGUGGCAAUCAUCUGUUGCGUAUUAGAACACCUGAU